UAGAAUUAAAGUGUUUAGAGUCAUUAUGUUUUCAUUGUACUAACCAUUAUUAUAAACAAAUAAUGAACCGUAAAAGAAAACGAUUAACAUGCAAUUUUAAAAUCAGUGCAUUACAUAGGACCUGGUUCUCAAAAACAAAUUUAAAUAUUUGUGUAGCUUGUCGAUUAAUUUGCUAUAUUUUAAUGAUGAAUACUCGUAGGCAAAGAUUUCUCGAAGUAGAACUUAACAUUUCAUCUUCUACAGCAGUUGACUGGACUAAUUUCUGUCGAGAGCUUAUGUAUGAAUGGUUGAUAAAAGACGAAAAUCAAAUUGGUGGGGAUGUAAUAGUCGUGGAGAUUGACGAGGCAAAAUUUGGUCGCCAAAAAUACAAUCGAGGACGAGUCAUACAAGGACAGUGGAUUUUCGGUGCUAUUGAACGACACUCAAAGAAGUUUUUUGUUGUUCCAAUAGCGUCUCGCAAAUCGGAGGUACUGUUACCUCUAAAUUUGAAGAACAUUGCUCCGGGAACAAUAAUUUAUAGCGACUGUUGGAAGGCGUAUGCACAAAUAAAUAAAGAUGUGUACAAACAUUGCAUUGUAAACAACUCUGCAAAUUUUGUUGAUCCCGGUUCAGGGGUACAUAUAUAAAAUAUUGAAAGACUGUGGAGAGCAGAAUUCAUAUUUUUAAAAAAAUUCGAUUUUUCUGAAAGAUUAGAUGCGUUUCUCAAAAUAAUGGGAAUUAUGUAUCCCUUGAAUGAAAGUCUAAACGAAUAAAUGACUAAUAUGUGCUCCAU